AUGAGGACAUCGACAAUAGCGGCCGUUUCGGCUGGCACUGUCAUUACAGGACUACUUGCCUAUGCGAUCUACUUUGACUACAGAAGACAGUCCGAUCCGGAAUUCCGUCGUGCAUUGAAACGAGAUAACCGCCGCCUGGCAAGGACGGUGCGGCAAGAGAACGAGGCCCAUGGGGCUCAGCAGAUGGCGAGGAUCAGACAAGCAGUAGCCGAUGCAAAGGACGAGGGCUUCCCAGCUGAUCUCGAGGAGAGAGAAGGCUUCUUUAUGAGCCAGGUCGCGAAGGGAGAAGCGCUCUGUGGAGACAGCUCUAGCCAUAUUGAAGCUGCCGUAGCCUUCUACAAGGCACUCAAGGUCUAUCCUCAGCCCAAAGACCUCAUCUCCAUCUACGACAGAACCGUACCAAAGGAUGUUCUUGAAAUAUUAGCUGAGAUGGUUGCCAUGGAUCCGGCGUUGAAGCUGGGUGCCUUCACCAGCGACAGUGGCGCCGACAGCGCCCACAGCGUCGAGUAG